UUUUAAGUGCUUUUCCCCACUGCUUGAUCCAGACGUAUGCAAUAUACUUUUUUGGCAGUGCUCAGUGAAUGACGUAUACAACAGUCGUGGUAAUGACAAUGAGAACACUAAUAAUUCCAGUCUAUACAUAGUUUUCACUCCAAAUUGGCUACAGAGCAAAUCAGAACGGGUGCGGUCAUGGUAUUUAGCGCUGCUGGUUCAAAAUACACAUUGUGGAUGAUCCAUUGACAUUACUCUCUUUACGCCAUUUCAGUUUCGUUUACUGUAGUAUCAUUAAGUUUCCUGCCUAUUUGGACCGCUGUGCUUCAUGCGCAAUACACUGAGAAUUUGAGUACAGUACAUAGGAAAUGACUCAUAGGAGUUGAACUGUUAGCGUGGGUGUGUACUCUAUUUAAACAAGGUUCAGACUACUCGGGAUGACUCAGUGCGAGGCAAGCUUUCAUUGGUGAAAAUCAACACGGGCUGUUCAUCAGAUGAACUUUCGGGAAUUGCGUUUAAACAAGAACGAUGGCUUCAUACAUUCUCUGUGCGCUUUGUGGACUGAUCAUUGCGACUAUAGUGAAACUAAACGGAGUGAAUGGGCAAAGCCUAUGCACCAGUAAAGAGUUCUGGAGUUCAGACAUAGACCAAUGUGUAUCCUGCUCAACAUGCAAGCAGUAUCCAAAGACCCCUUCAUGUAACACUUGCACAUUUACAGAGGAGAGAUCUGAUGUCUGGAGACUAGCAGCCAUUUCCAGCUUCUCUGUGCUGGCAGUCGUUCUGCUCAUUGCAGUAUUGAUCAUUGGGGUCAUGGUGCAUCGACACACGGCAAACAAUAGGCCCCUUCGUGAACCUAUUGAAGAGACAACGGGACCUCUUUACCAAGCUUAAACAUUUCAGUAGCUUCAUCUUCCUUCUGACAUCGAUGUGACAGAACCAAGGGAACACCUUUUGAGGAUCAAUCGUCAGAAGAAUUUCUGUACAAUGGACUGGGUAUUAUUUGAGUAGAGUUUGACCAUCUUGCAUUUAUACUGCUAGUUAGUAAAGAUGUGCUCACACUCAUUAGACUGUUACAGAACGGAGCUCUCACAUAGAACUGUGUUGACUCACGCUGUCAAUCCCGUCUUGUCUGAAGUCAGACUGUACUCUGAGGAAGACCGUGUGGUUAGUAAAGAGUAGCUCUCACAGCUCUUUUUGUAUUGAUGUCCUUUGACUAGGUGAUGCUAGUUUUAGCCACUGUAGAUAUUCCAAUCUAUCGUUAAGUCAUUUGUUCAACAAUAAGUAGGUUCAAAAACUGUAGUGAACAUGAGACAUCUUGAAUGAUUUGUAUUUAUUACCAUAAUUGUCAAUGCUUGAACACCUAUUACUGUAUUGGUGUCAGACAUAUUGUACAUUUAGCUUAUUAGGUAGAAUACCAGCAAACACACUGCCUCGACUUGCCACAAGCAGGAUGAAUGUGAAUACAGCACAAUCAAGCUUUCUGUGCCUGGUUUGACCUGCUGUACUUCUAAGACUAAAAGGUUUAUAUUUGCUGGUCAUAUAUAACAACCUCUUGGUGAAGUAUACAAGUGAUAUGUUAGGUGAGUGGUCACCAACCAGUCGAUCGGUUAUAUAAAAUAUAUUUUGAUUUGUUUGAAACUUUUUUUGGUUACCACAUGAUUCCAAGUGUUAUUUCCUAGUUUGUCUUCACUAUUAUUCUACAAUGUAGAAAAUAGUCAAAAUAAAGAAACCCUGGAAUGAGUAGGUGUGCCCAAACGUUUGACUGGUACUGUAUAUAAUUUCCUGAGCUUUCUUAUAUCUUCUAGAUAUAGGACAAACACGUAACCUUGUUUCUUAUUAUUUAUUUUUUGAAUGUCUUUUUGCCAUUUAUGAAUGUGUUAUUCAGUAGCUCUCUGGGCUAUAGUAGUAAAGGCCAAAUUCAAUAUUAUAUCAAAUGUUUUUAUUUAUUUUUAUACCUAAAGGGGUCCUAAAAUUCAAAAUCAAAUAUCUAAAUGAGCCACCUCAUGGAAUCAUUUUAAGAUGAUCAUAUGUCAGCUUAGAACCCACCCCACCCCCAGCAAUGCAGAGAAAGUAGAUAAAUAAUAUUUAAAAAACACAAUACAAGUAACAAUAGAUACACAAUGAGUGACUAACUUGGCUAUAUACAAGGGGUAAUAGUACCGAGUCGAUGUUCAGGGGUACGAGGUAGAUAUGGACAUAUAACUAGGAAUAAAGUGACCGUAGCAGCAGUAUAUGUGAUGAGUCAAAGCUAGUGCAAAAAGGGGUCAAUGCAGAUAGUUAACCAAAAAUCUAUUCAGACAAACUAUUUCAGGGUCCUGUUACUAGUUGCAACAAAUCAUUUUUAAAGGAGUAGACUGUUAACAUUUGUGAACUGUAGUCUUCUAAUCACGAGGCAACGGGAAAAUAAGUUGUGACUAUGAAACUGCUCAAACAUACUGGACAUUCUUUAACAGGUCAUUUUACCAGUAUGCUAUCAAAUGUAGACACUGUGUAAUGUGUGCCCUAUGCAGGAUAAAGUAGCAUAACACGGGGGUUCCCAAACUGUUGUGAUGGAAAAGUUCUAGGUGGUCAAGAAUUCUGUGAGAAUGUGUUUGUAUAGUUUAUAUCUAAGCAUUUAAAUCAUUCCCAGAUGGACACAAAUAGGGAAUCCUUACCGCUGAUUCAGAGGGGUUGGGUUAAAUGCGGAACACAUACUACUGGUCCAAAAUUUUAGAACACCUACUCAUUCAAGGGUUUUUCUUUAUUUUUAACUUUUCUACUUUGUAGCAUAAUAGUGAAGACAAAAAAACGAUGAAAUAACACAUGGAAUCAUGUAGUAAGCAAAAAAGUGUUAAACAAAAAAAUAUUUUUGAGAUUCUUCAAAUAGCCACCCUUUGCCUUGACAGCUUUGCACCCACUUGGCAUUCUCUCAACCAGCUUCAUGAGUUCAUCACCUGGAAUGCAUUUCAAUUAACAGUUGUGCCUUCUAAAUUUGUGGAAUUUCUUACCUUUUAAUGUGUUUGAGCCAAACAGUUGUGUUGUGACAAGGUAUACAGAAGAUAGCCCUAUUUGGUGAAAGACCAAGUCCAUAUUAUGGUAAGAACAGCUCAAAUAAGCAAAGAGAAAUGACAGUCCAUCAUUACUUUAAGACAUGGUCAGUCAAUACGGGAAAAUUAAGAACUUUGAAAGUUUCUUCAAGUGCACUCGCAAGCGCUAUGAUAAAACUGGCUCUCAUUAGGACCGCCACGGGAAAGGAAGACCCAGAAUUACCUCUGCUGCAGAGGAUAAGUUCAUUAGUUACCAGCCUCAGAAAUUGCAGCCUAAAUAAAUGCUUCAGAGUUAAAGUAAAAAACAUGCCCAACAUCAACUAUUCAGAUGAGACUGUGUGAAUCAGGCUUUUUAUGGUCGAUUUGCUGCAAAGAAACCACUACUAACGGAAACCAAUAAUAAGAGACUUUCUUGGGCCAAGAAACACGAGCAAUGGACAUUAGACCGGUGGAAAUUUGUCUUUUGGUCUGGAGUCCAAAUUGGAGAUUUUUGGUUCCAACCGCCGUGUCUUUGUGAGACUCAGUGUGGGUGAACAGAUGAUCGCUGCAUGUGUAUUUUCCAUCGUAAAGCAUGGAGGAGGUGGAGGUGUUAUGGUGUGCGGGUGCAUUGCUAGUGACACUGUGAUUUAUUUAAAAUUCAAGGCACACUUAACAGCAUGACUACCACAGCAUUCUGCAGAGAUACGCCAUCCCAUCUAGUUUGGGCUUAGUGGGCCUGUCAUUUGUUUUUCAACAGGACAGUGACCCACAACACACCUCCAGGCUGUGUACGGGCUAUUUUACCAAGAAGGAGAGUGAUGGAGUGCUGCAUCAGAUGACAUGGCCUCCACAAUCCCCCCAACCUCAACCAAAUUGUGAUGGUUUGGGAUGAGUCGGACGGCAGAGUGAAGGAAGAGCAGCCAACAAGGGCUCAGCAUAAUGUGGGAACUCCUUCAAGACUGUUGGAAAAGCAUUCCAGGUGAAGCUGGUUGAGAGAAUGCCAAGAGUGUGCAAUGAUGUCAAGGCAAAGGGUGGCUACUUUGAAGAAUAUCCAAAUAUAAAAUAUUUUAAUUUAACUUUUUUUGGUUAUUACAUGAUUCCAUGUGUUAUUUCAUAGUUUUGCCUUCACUAUUAUUCUACAAUGUAUUAUAAUAGUAGAAAUAAAGGAAAACCCUUGAAUGAGAAGGUGUUCUAAAACCUCUGACCGGACGUGUAUUUUGGUUGAAUGCAUUGUUGUGCAACUUACUCAGUAUUCCCUUUCCUCAGUUGAAACAAUGGAGAUGAGUCAAUGCUUGUGUGACAAUGUUUGUAACACUAUUAGUCACCGAAUCUCACCCAGGAAGGAACAUUGCAGUUCAGCGAAAAAACUGUACCCUAUUGUCAAGUAUCACAGGAGUAUAACUGUGUACUCAGCUUCACUCUUCGUCAGAACACAAUUUUAAGGGUUGUGUGUCAGGAGAACGUGGAUGGCUGAAUAAUUACCUCUCAUGUUACUGACAAAAUUACUUCGUUAUCAAUGUUAAGUGGAUAUGGAUAACAGCAGCAAGAAAAGGGCAAUUUAUAUACAGAAUUAUUUAUUUCAAAUUAUAUUUUUGAAUGUUUAUAGUUUGUGGUAACAGCUAAAUGUCUUGUUAAAUACUGUCAAAGGGACCCCUGCAAAGUUGUUUGUAAAACCAGUGACACCAGCUGACCAACUUUUUGUUACUGAGCAAUAACUGACAAGUUGUUAGUUAAUUUACUUCUCUUGUCUGUUUGGUUUAUGUACAUGUAUUAUGUUAUGAAUAAAAUGAGCUGAUUUCUUGA